GUGCAGUAACGAUACUGUAAGGGUGCUUAUCUUGCCGCGCUUACGUGCCUUGCCGCCAAGCCAACCCUGUGGCUGCCCAUCCGUUUGGCGUUCGUAAUCUGACCCUCCAAGAAAAGAGGACAGCGUCACGACUUCCCCCACAGCAACCCCGGCUUCAAGACUGCAUCGCAAAGUCCACGAUAUACCCAUCCGCCGGCGACACCGGCUCAGUAUGCACGACAUCGGCGACCCAUUAGGCGAUGUUCCUCGUCACCAUCAUUUCCAUCAACGUGACCUGGUGGCUUCUCGAGAUACCGCUCAUCUAGAAACACGGGUUCAAGAGAUGAGAUGCCGUACAUCUACUUUCGAUGACGACCAUAUCUUCAUCGAGGCUGCCAACAUCGAAGUCACCUCACUGCCGGUCGAAACCGAGCCCGAAGCUGCCCGUCCAGAGGCUCCGACCCGUGCCCUGAGUAUGUUUCAGCUCAUCAAAUCUCUCGGCGUGGACGGUGCGACUAUCUUAGCAACCGCCCUGAUCGUCAACACCGCCGUCAACGCGCCCGUAGGCACCUCGGUUUCGGGUGUCAACUAG